AGUCCCCCAGAGUGCCUUGGGACUUCUGGAGCGCGACCGGAACCGGAAACUCCUGGAAGCUAGGGGGUGGGGUCGAAAAUUAAAAAAAGCGCGGCGAAAGCUGGAGACCUGACUUGGUAGGUUGGUCCUGACCCCUUGGCGGGUCUUUAGCGGGUCCCCAUGGACGCCACAGCCUGUUUGAAGUCCUUGCUCCUGACCAUCAAUCAGUAUAAAGCCGUCAAGUCGGAGGCGAACGGUACCCAGCUUUUGCGGCACUUGGAGGUGAUUUCUGGACAGAAGCUCACACGAUUAUUUACAUCAAAUCAGAUAUUACCAAGUGAAUGCUUGAGUUGCCUUGUCGAGCUACUUGAAGACCCAAAUAUAAGCGCGCCACUGAUCUUAAGUAUUAUAAGUUUGUUAUCUCAACUAGCUGUAGACAAUGAAACCAGAGACUGUCUUCAGAAUACAUAUAACCUGAAUAAUGUGCUGGCAGGAGUGGUUUGUCGGAGCAGCACUUGCCACAGUGAUUCAGUGUUUUUGCAGUGCAUUCAACUUCUGCAGAGGUUAACAUAUAACGUCAAAAUUUUUCACUCUGGUGCCAAUAUAGAUGAAUUAAUUACAUUCCUGAUAGACCAUAUUCAGUCUUCUGAAGAUGAGUUAACAAUGCCUUGUCUAGGAUUAUUGGCAAAUUUUUGUCGACACAAUCUUUCUGUUCAAACAUACAUAAAGACUUUGAAUAAUGUGAAAUCUUUUUAUCGAACUCUUAUAAGCUUCUUGGCCCAUAGUAGUUUAACUGUGGUUGUAUUUGCACUUUCAAUAUUAUCCAGUUUGACAUUAAAUGAAGAGGUUGGAGAAAAGCUGUUCCAUGCUCGAAACAUUCAUCAGACUUUUCAACUAAUAUUUAAUAUUCUCAUAAAUGGUGAUGGCACACUAACCAGAAAGUAUUCAGUUGAUCUCUUCAUGGAUCUCCUCAAGAUUCCUAAAAUUGCUGAUUAUCUUACCAGGUAUGAGCACUUUUCUUCAUGUCUUAAUCAAGUAUUAAGUCUUCUUAAUGGAAAGGAUCCUGAUUCUUCUUCAAAGGUUUUAGAAUUACUUCUUGCCUUCUGUUCAGUGACUCAGCUGCGCCAUGUGCUCACUCAGAUGAUAUUUGAACAGAUUCCAUCUGGCAACACCAUUCUGGGAAGCCGUUCUAAAUGUUUAGAGCCUACUGUGGCUCUCCUUCGUUGGUCAAGCCAGCCUUUGGAUGGAUCAGAAAACUGUUCUAUUUUAGCUUUAGAAUUGUUCAAGGAAAUAUUUGAGGAUGUCAUAGAUACUGCUAACAGUUCUUCAGCUGACCGUUUUGUGACCCUUCUGCUGCCUGCAGUCCUUGAUCAGCUUCAGUUCACAGAGCAAAAGUUAGAUGACGCCUUAGUAAGAAAAAAGUGUGAAAGGAUGGUCAAGGCUGUUGAAGUUUUGUUAACUCUAUGUGGAGAUGAUACUCUAAAAAUGCAUGUUGCAAAAAUUCUGACUACUAUCAAAUGUACCACUCUGAUAGAACAACAGUUUACAUAUGGCAAGAUCGAUCUGGGGUUUGGAACAAAGGUAGCAGAUUCUGAAUUGUGCAAACUUGCUGCUGAUGUAAUUUUGAAAACUCUUGAUUUGAUGAACAAACUUAAACAAUCAGUUCCUGGUAUGGAAGUAAGCUUCUACAAAAUCCUUCAGGAUCCACGCCUGAUUACUCCCUUGGCUUUUGCUUUAACAUCAGAUAAUAGAGAACAAGUACAGUCUGGAUUGGGACUAUUAUUGGAAGCUGCUCCACUGCCAGAUUUUCCUGCCUUAGUACUUGGAGAAAGUAUAGCAGCAAACAAUGCCUAUAGACAGCAGGAAACAGAACAUAUGCCCAGAAGAAUGCCUUUGCAAUUAUUAAAUCACAGUUUUCCAACAUCAGUAAAAUGUUUUACUCCUCCACUUUUGAAAGAUAGAGUUCCUGGAUUGAACAUUGAGGAAUUAAUAGAAAAACUUCAGUCUGGAGUGGUGGUAAAGGAUCAGAUUAAUGAUGUGAGAAUAUCCGACAUAAUGGAUGUAUAUGAGAUGAAACUAUCUACAUUAGCUUCCAAAGAAAGCAGACUACAAGAUCUCUUGGAAGCAAAAGCUCUAGCCCUCGCACAGGCCGAUAGACUGAUUGCUCAAUAUCGCUGUCAAAGAACUCAAGCUGAGACAGAGGCACGGACACUUGCUGGUAUGUUGAGAGAAGUUGAGAGAAAAAAUGAAGAGCUUGGUGUGUUGCUAAAGUCACAGCAGAUUGAAUCAGAAAGAGCCCAGAGUGAUAUUGAGCAUCUUUUUCAACAUAAUAGGAAGUUAGAGUCUGUGGCUGAAGAACAUGAAGUACUGACAAAAUCCUACAUGGAACUUCUUCAGAGGAAUGAAACAACUGAAAAGAAGAAUAAAGAUUUACAGAUCACAUGUGAUUCUCUGAAUAAACAAAUUGAGACAGUGAAAAAGUUGAAUGAAGCACUCAAGCAACAAAAUGAAAAAACUGUUGCCCAAUUAAUAGAGCGAGAAGAACAGAGAAAAGAAGUACAGAACCAACUAGUAGACAGAGAAUGUAAACUAGCAAACUUGCAACAAAAAACGAAAGUACAAGAGGAAAAGAUUAAAGUCUUACAGAAAGAAAGGGAAGAUAAGGAAGAAGCUAUUGAUAUCCUUAGAAAAGAAUUAACCAGAACAGAGCAGAUAAGAAAAGAAUUGAGCAUUAAGGCUUCCUCCCUAGAGGUUCAAAAGGCCCAAUUAGAAGGUCGUUUGGAAGAGAAGGAGUCCCUGGUGAAACUUCAGCAAGAGGAGUUGAAUAAACACUCUCAUAUGAUAGCAAUGAUCCACAGUUUAAGUGGUGGAAAAAUAAAUCCAGAAACUGUGAAUCUCAGUAUAUAGACAUUAUGUAUUUAUCUACUGGGGGAGGAAAAGUGGGGAAGGUAAUUUGUGACUCCAAAAGAAUAUCAAAUUAUUAUCUAAUUAUUUAGUAAAGAAUCUGAUCUGAUACAUGUUUUUAUUUGGUCUUAAAGUUUUAAUUCCUGUUUUUGGUUUUUAUUGCUUAAAGUUUUUUUUGGUUCUUAUAUUAGAAUAUUCUUAACCUCCAUUAUUGAUUUUUCUAAGGUUUUUUUUCGUUCCUUUUUCCACUUCUGCUUGUUGAAUUUAUUCUCAUUUGUCACUAUUUAGAUUUUAAAAUCAAACUUUUUUGAUAUAACAGUCUUAAAGAUUAAUAAAUUAAAGAUGUAUUUAGUAAAAAGAGAAAGCAUGAUACUGCUGGAGAAGAUUUUCUCUAAGGUAGAGCAAAAGAAAAUCUCAGUGAAUUUAAAAUAAUUUUAUUACUGUAUUUAAAAUGCAGUAAAAUAUAUGGUAUAAGUUCUAAAUUUGAUAAAAAUACAAUGAAUAUAAAAUGAAUAAUGUAUAAAAAUUAGAACAUAACUUAAAUGACAACAUUGUUUGUCAUGUUAAAACUAAUAACUUGUAUUAUUUAUGAAAUAGCUUUAGUUUUACUCUUUUUAAAAUAUUGCAUGUUGGCCCACCCAUAUCAUUUCAAUUAUGAAUUUAUGAUUUUUGUAGGGAUAACUUGGAUUCUACCCUUUCUACAUAUUCAGAAAUUUAUUUGUUGUUAAUUCUGAUAUGUAUUUCAUUUAAUGUAUGGUCUUUUAUUUAAAUCGUUUUUAAUUGGGCCAUUUAAUUUUAAAGCAUAGGCUAAGUAUUUUUUAUGUAUUUCUUUAAUACAAGAGAAUUUUUUAGUACUCUUCAUUUGAAUCAAAUGUUCUAAGUAGUGUUUAAGAAGUGUUUUUAUAUCAAUAUUUUACUUGAUUUUACUGUUAGACUGUUCAAAUAAUUUUACUUGGUGUUUUCACUGUUUUUAUCUCCAUUUGACUCAGGUGAACUGCUUUUUCAACUGUAGUAUAUUCAAAUUUAUGUUUAGACAUUAAACAUAAAUAUAUUUUUCAUAAUUCAUUAAUUACAUUAAUAUCAAACUAUAAUAGUUUUAAAUAUCUAUGUAUUUUGUUCAGUUAUGCAGAUUUUUAAAAGAGCAUUGUGCAAACUAACACAUUUUAAAUUGCUGCUUAUUCUAUAAGAAGUACAUUCUAUUUCUUUUGCAAAACUGAAGGAAUUAUCAAUUUAAUAUGAAAAAGCUUAAAUGGAUACAUAUAACUAAAGAACAAAAGGCUCUGUAAAAUAAAAAACAAAAAGUGUUGUAAACAAAUAGUGAACCAAAAGCUCUAGGGAAAACCAAAGCAUCUUUAUAAUUUAGACACUCAAGACACUGAGCCUGGCCCAGUGCUGCCUAACAGAACUUUUUGUGAUGAUGGAAAUGUUCUGUGUCUGCAUUGUUUAGUGUAUAGCCUUUAACUACAUGUUGCUAUUAAGGACUUAAAAUGUGGCUAGUGGAACUGAAGAAUUCAAUUUUUAAAAAUUUAAUUUUAAUUAAUUUUAGUUUUAAUUGCCAUCCUACUGGACAAUGAAGAUCUAGUCUUCCAAGUACACAUUUUAAACCACACAAUAUGCCUUUUCUUAAAGACCUACAUAGACAGAGAGAGACUACAUGUAUUUUUUUGCAGCCUUUUGUUAAUGCAACAGUUUUAACCUGUUGUUUCUAAUCUCUUUGAAGAAGAAAAGCUGUACUUCAGUUUUAAAAGUGAGUACUAAUCAUCAUUCUCCACUUUUUCUGUUUUUCUUAAUCUUUCUGUAGCGUCUUUCAUAUUGUUCCUAUUUUUCUUAACCUUAGUGUGUUGGUUUUGUUUGUUUGUUUUUUGCUUUUUGGGUAAGUGUACCUCAGAUUUUUUUUAAAAGUAUCUGUAUGUGUAUGUGUUUUUCUUUUAAAGAAAUUGAUUUUAAGCAAGUUUCAGUCACACCGUAGUCAGAGUUUUACGAAUGAUUUUUGUGUGUGUACAUGUCCAUUUCCUAAUGGAAAAAACAAAACUAAAUAAAUGCAUCAUUAUAUUAGAA